CGCCUUUAAGAAGGUGCGUUCAGGGUGUGUCAGUGGUUCAAAGGUUCCGGUUCAAUUUGCUCCAGUAAACGAAAGAAAAAAAACCAGAAAAGCCGCGGUGUCCUUUUUUUUAAUCCGCAGACGGUUGGUGGGAGAGCGGGGCCAGUGAAGGCAGCAUGGUGAGGUGUCAGGUGGACUGGGUGGGACACAGCAUGUAAACUGGUCAGACUGGUCGGGCUGGGACACUUUUCUCCUUAAAGUACAUGAAGCCGCGCGGAGGCUGCUGAUGAUGACGACGACCGUCCGGCUGCUCGGCUUGUUUGUGUGCGCUACAGUCUUGGUUCGGGCCGACGAGUCUGCUACGACGACGUCCGUCACCGCCUGGCUGCGCGACGCCGUGCGACUUCCGUGUUACGUCGACGGCCACGUGACGCCGUCGCAGACCGCGUGGUGGAAGGACGGGCAGGACGUGUCCGUGGACGUCCUCGACAGUGCCGCCGCGGACGUCAGACCUCGCGUGGGCUUGCUGGAGGACGGCAGUCUGGACUUCCGGUGGGUGCGCGAGGGGGACGAAGGGGACUACCUGUGCAGCGCCCAGCUUCCGGGCAACGUCACGUGGCGCGCACGCGUCCUGCUGAAGGUGGCGAGCGGGCCAGCAAACCUGUCCGUGUCCAUCAACCCCGCCACCGUCCUGUCCAACGGGACGCUGGUCACGUACCGCGGCUCCACCGUCUCCUUCCACUGCGUCGCCGAUUCUUACCCGUCCCAGCAGAUGAACUGGACCUUCAGAGGGGCGGCGGACGAGAACCACUUGAUGGCGUCGGCCCAGGCUCCCUGGCUGGACUUCAGGAUAAAGGACGUGCAGCCUGCCGCUCAGGGGGUCUACAGCUGCUCGGCCAACAACACCGUCAGCCACCACGCCGCCAACAAGAGCGCCGAGCUGCUGGUUUACUACGUUCCAGACAGGCACCCUGAGUGCACCUGGGUUCAGUCCCAGGACCCCACGGAGGUGCACUUCAGCUGCAGCUGGGAGGGAUCGUACCCGGCGCCCACGCUGCAGUGGGCCGAGGAACAAGGCGACCAGGGGACUCGGCGCGUCUUCGCCUCCGAGGUGACGGACGGCCUGACGGUGGCGCUAAACCGCUCGCUGCUUUUCGGUGGGCAGACCAUCAAGUGCUUGGCGCAGCACCUGGCGCUCGCUCCUGGGCAGGAACGCUCCUGUUCCUUUUUGCUCAAGCCGCCGUAUCCCGAAGGCGAGCCGCUGGCCUCGGCUCAGGAGGGGAGCAACGUCACGCUCACCUGCACGGAGUCCACGUCCGCCCCGCCGGCCAAAACCACCUGGAGGCGGGGCCGGGAGCACGUGGAGAUCGUCGCCGGCGCCAAGUACUUCCUGUCCGUGGACGGCCCCACCUACCGGCUGACCAUCGCCAACGUCAGCAAGGACGACGAGGGCGUCUACUUCUGCCGCAGCGAGAACCCGCUGGCCGUGUUCGAGCUGGAGGUCUACCUUACUGUGAGAGCUUCCUUGGCUUACACGGGCGCCGUCAUCGGCGUGUUCAUCGCCGCUCUUAUCGUGGCCUCUGCCAUCGUCGUGGCCAAAGUGGUUUACUCCAACCGGCACCGAGUCUGCCUAGGAGGAGCCUUUGGGCGCCCGGGCGACAACGUAGGUGACGUGCUCAGCCUGGUGGAGUCGGACGAUGAGCUCUUCAACGCCCCCGCUCCUCGACUCCCACCGCUGACGCCGGCGAAUCAAACCACCAUGGUCCAGAUCCACCACAUCCCAUCCGGCGAGCAGGAGGACACAGGGACGACGGCCCAGACGCAAGAAGAAGAUCAAGAAAAAUUGAGAGAGGAGCUACCGGAUCUUGUAACAUUUUAGGUGUCUGCCGCUUUUUCUUUUCAUUAUAGUUGAACAUUGACCUCCAACAGAAAUGUGAAGGAUGUUUUUAUAAGGCCGUUACCAAGGUAACUAUUUGUUUCUUUGGUGUGGAGUGACCCAAGUGCCCUUACGUCACCACUCUUGACGCUUUAGAAUGCGACUCGACCGGAAAAGUGGGAGGGGCCGGAUGUCGCCCUCGCCAGUCAGCGAGACGCCGACCAGCCUCACGUAUCGUCUUAAACAAAAAUACAGAAAAAUGUUCAUUGUAUAUAUUUGACAAUUAGAAUUUGCUGUUGAAAUGAUUACUUUUAAAGAGGAUUUAAAUUGUUCUGUAAUAGCUGUAUGAUGUAAUCACAUGUCAAUG